UCCAACCAAAAGGGAAUAGAAAAGCAAAUGCUGAGGUUUUGGAGGGAAAGGGAAUGCUCUCCGCGCCAAAAAAGAGACCUAAAAAACACAUUCCCUCCACCAAAUCCUACCCUUUUCUGGUUCUCUUUCGCUGGCCUCUAAUCGAAACAACAAUCCACCCAUGAGAAGCGCCGUCAUAUAGUUCCCGCCAGUAUCACGAGCGGUGAACCAUCUGAGUUAUGGAGACAACUUGUGUUAUUCAAAAAACCCAAAAGAAGCAGAAACUGAGUGAAAAAGAGGACAUUGAUGGGAACAUAAAAAGCUUAGGUAGCUUACCUGAGGAGGUUCUUCGACACAUACUUUCCUUUCUUCCAACAGAACAUGCUGUUAGAACAAGCGUACUUUCUAAAAGGUGGGAGUACCUGUGGGUUUCUAUUCCCAAUCUAGAUUUUGACAGAUACACAUAUGAUAAGAGAAAGUUUGUGGAGAGAGAGCUUUUGAUGAAUUUUGUGGACAGGGCACUUUGUCUUCGUGAUUCUUCCUCUGUUAUAAAACGAUUCACUCUCUGUUGUGAUGUUCUGCUUGAUGCAUCUCGUGUUUGUACUUGGAUCUCUACAGCAGUAAGCCAUAAUGUUCAAGUGUUGAAUAUUGAUAUUAGAGACUUCGAUGUAGUAUUUUCACUGCCUUCUUGCUUGUUUACUUGUAAGACACUGACAAGCUUGUACCUUAAUAUGUGGUCGUAUAUACUCAAGCUUCCCACUACAAUUUGUUUCUCAAAUCUAAAGAUUUUGACUAUUAAAGAUGUUACAUUUUCGAAUGAGUACUUAACCCAGCAGCUAUUUUCUGGUCUGCCAGUCCUUGAGGAGUUGAAAUUAGAAGAUUGCAGCUGGGGGAAUCUCAAGUUUGUGACCAUUUCUGCUCCCAAGCUACAUUCACUGAGCAUAUUCAAAAUGGAGGUGCUAGAUGAUGAUAUUGGGAGAUCUGGUGAUUUGUGUCUGGUUAUGAUUGUUGGAGAUAGUCUAAAAGAAUUUUAUUACAAGGGUCUUAUGUUUGCCGAAUAUUGCUUAUAUAAUUCAUUCAGAGUUGAAAAGGCAGAGAUUGUUACUAAAUCUAAAUAUGAUCGUAUACCUACAAAUAUUGCUCGUUUCUUGUGGAACCUUCUUAUAGGGCUCUCCAGAGUAGAACUCCUAAGACUUUCCUCUGACAUGGUUAAGGUUCUGAGUAAUUCUCCAGAAUUCCUACCUCAUAUGCCUAUGUUCAAUAACCUGAUCGAUUUGAUAAUCGUUGACAAUGAAGUUGAUAUUGACUGUACAGUUCUAUUGAAGAUACUGCAAAAAUCUCCAUGUCUUCAGACUUUGAACUUUUCUAAGGGGAUCAGUCUGUCCUUGAAUUGGGAAGAAGAUGAUAUGAUAUUGGACCCAGUGCCGGCAUGUUUCUUGUCCCACCUCAAGUGGAUUAAAGUUGGUCGUUAUUUUGGCCUUGAGAAGGAGCUUUUCGCGGUAAAGAUUUUGCUAAAGAAUGCGGUUGUCUUGGACAAAAUAAUUAUAGCUUUCCCGUUUUCUUAUACUAGGAACUUUGAGGAGCAUGUGAAGGUAUUGACACAGUUGUUAGAGCUCCCUAGAAGGUCACAAAAUUGUAAAAUCAUUUUGGAAUGAGCUUUUCUUGAGCUCUUACUCUAAAAAAAAGCCGUUAAAUUUCUGUAUUUUGGAAGAGGUUAGAAUAUUGCUUGGCCUUCUACCUUAAUUAACUUGUGGAAUCUUCAUUAGUUCUAUUUGGUGAUAAUAGUUUUGAAUCCUCGAUGCUAUAAGCUCAUGCUAUUUUUUUGGUUCUCUCCCUUUUUUU